AUGGCUUCAUAUAUGUUUCAAAAAACUAUAACAUCAAUUUGUACAUGUGGCUUGCAGAAACUUUUACCUGACCUUUUUUUCUGUCGUCAUUGUAUUACACUUCGUUGUGACUUCUGUGUUAGUCAUGAAAUUGACACAACUUACUGUCCUCAUUGUUUUGAAAAUCUAUCAUCGACCGAAGCCAAACAUAAGAAAAACCGGUGUGCUUCUUGUCUAGAGUGCCCACGAUGUUUUAAUACUCUUUCAACACGUUCAUAUUCUCGAACACCUGAACCAAAAAAACCACCUCAAAAAAUGUAUUACUUACUCUGUUUAUUUUGUAACUGGCGAUCACAUGAGCCAAACAUACCUGAUCAGCCAACUUCUUCAGGUAACUGGCCAGUAAACAAAAAUCCAGAUGAUGGUCGUAUACUGGAUUUAAUCAACUAUUAUAAAUCUGUUUCUUUAAAAGAAGUAUUUGAUAAGCAGAAAAGGAAUACUAAACAUUAUGGUCGUAAUUAUAUGCAUUUUUUGGAAAAAUUUGGUUUAAAUGCAAUGAUGGCUCGGAAAAAGGUAGGAUUUCCAAAUUUUCAUGCGGAUGGUACUGGUUUUAGUACUUCAGAAAUUAAUCCAGCUGAAGCCAUUGAAAAUGUUCCUGAAUUAUCUUCAAACACAUUUGAAGAUAUUGUAGAUUUGAAACAAAUUUCAACUUUAGAACAACGUUUUGCAACUCCUGAACUUCAAGCAGAAAAUACUGAUGAUCUGUUUCCAAUUCGUAAACAUCUAAGAGUAAAACAUUCUUUACGUUGUCGUGUAUGUGAACAUAACGUUGUUAAACCAGAAUAUAAUGCUGUAAAGUUUAAAAUCAAACAUUUAGCUUAUUAUUAUGUGCCAGAAAUAAAAAUAAUCAAAUGUGAACCAUUACUGGCCGGUAAAUGGAGUUCCUUGGUACUUAAGUUAUGUAAUCCAUCACAAGCAUCUACAGCUGUACGUUUUGAAAAAUUAGAUUUAAAUGCUAUAAACAUAAUUAGAGAGCCAAGACAACUGGAAGGGGAAGAUCUAAUAUCUACGCCUAAGCAAUUGCCAGAACCAAUUCCUAUUGUAUUAGAAUUACAGGGUGAUAUUAUAGUUCCGGAAGGUGAAAUAAAAAUUGCAGCUAGAGAUGAUACAGCUGAAUAUGAUGAUACAAACGAAGUAAAUACAGACAACGAUGACCCAAAAUAUGUAUAUUGGAGAAAAGGCAACAAAGUUGCAUUAAAAUUUGAAGUAAAGCCUAAUGAAAAUAUUAAAAAAAAUGAAAAUGUACAAUUAGGAUUUGUUAUGCAUUUUAUGUAUUCGGAUACAAUGUUACAUGUGAUUAAUCCAAAACAACCUCAAACUGUAUUAGUGCCGAUAAAAAUUGUACUGAAUUUACCUAACUCUUUUUAA